CGUAACACACUGACCCAUUUCAUGACAGCAGAGGUUAUAUCACACUUAUCAGCACUAACUUCAUCUAACAGCAUUUACAAAAUCUAUAUACUCGGACAUUAGCAUGAAACAUAUAAAUCAUUUUAUUCUGCUGAGAUCCUAGUGUUUAAAGUGCUUAUUGAAAGAGAACGAUCUGUUGUACAGUCGGACACAGAUUUCCAAUCUGGUUUUAAAUAUGUCCUGUGCAUGCGGGCCUACAGCGAGAGUGAUUAUAAAGUCAGUUCAUAAAGGUUUUUCUUGUUCUCGGGUUCAGCUCUUUGCUCACAGUAGACCAGUGUGUCAUGAAGUUCAUCUGCCUCCAGUCAUACACGUGAAAUCGUUUUCACAGACAGCAGUGUGUUUUGCCUCUAAAGACAACACGCCCAGAGAUGGCGAUGGAGGAAAGAAGAGUGUAAGUGAUGUCGGUGGAAAGUGGGCGUCUGGCACGGGAGGUUCAGGUAAAGGUGGCAGUCAGCUGAGAUGCCCCAAAUGUGGCGACCCCUGCACACACGUGGAGACUUUUGUAUCCUCCACACGCUUUGUGAAAUGUGAAAAGUGCCAUCACUUCUUUGUGGUUCUGUCUGAGACGGACUCUAAAAAGGGUUUGAAUAAGGAGGCAGAAACCGUCUCGGAGCACGCUAAAAUCGCUUUUGCUCAAAAACUCCCUCCACCUCCUAAAAAGAUUUAUGCCUACCUCGACAAAUAUGUUGUCGGCCAGUCGUAUGCCAAGAAAGUGUUGGCAGUAGCCGUGUAUAAUCAUUAUAAGAGGAUCUACAACAACCUCCCAGUGGCAGGCCGACAGCAAGUGGAAGCUGAGAAACAGAGUUCACUCACUCCAAGAGAACUAGAGAUCAGAAGACGUGAAGAUGAAUACAGGUUUACAAAGCUGCUUCAGAUCGCUGGGAUCAGUCCCCAUGGCAACGCUCUGGGUGCAUCUGUCCAGCAACAGACCAAUCAGCAAGCUCCUCAGGAGAAAAGGGGCGGGGAAGUGCUUGACUCCACCCAUAUUGAUAUUAAAUUGGAGAAGAGCAACAUUGUGCUGCUGGGACCUACUGGAUCAGGUAAAACCCUGUUGGCACAGACUCUGGCUAAAUGUUUGGAUGUGCCCUUCGCUAUCUGCGAUUGUACCACCCUGACCCAGGCUGGUUAUGUGGGCGAGGACAUUGAAUCUGUUAUUGCCAAACUUCUGCAGGACGCCAAUUACUCAGUGGAUAAAGCCCAGCAAGGGAUAGUAUUCUUGGAUGAGGUGGAUAAGAUCGGCAGUGUGCCUGGCAUUCAUCAGCUCCGAGAUGUCGGGGGUGAAGGAGUUCAGCAGGGUUUGCUGAAACUCCUUGAGGGAACUAUCGUUAAUGUUCCAGAGAAGAACAGCAGGAAGUUGAGAGGAGAGACUGUGCAGGUGGACACAACCAACAUCCUGUUUGUGGCAUCAGGCGCCUUCAACGGGCUGGACAGGAUUAUCAGCCGCAGGAAAAAUGAGAAGUAUCUUGGUUUUGGUACACCCUCUAACCUGGGCAAAGGACGUCGAGCUGCAGCAGCUGCAGAUCUGGCCAACAGCUCAGGGAAUGAGUUGGACGCUAUGGCAGAGAUUGAGGAGAAGGACCGGCUCCUGAGGAACGUUGAGGCACGAGACCUCAUUGAGUUUGGCAUGAUCCCGGAGUUUGUGGGCCGUCUGCCUGUGGUGGUGCCACUGCACAGUCUGGACGAGCAGAUGCUGGUGCAGAUUCUUACAGAGCCUCGUAAUGCUGUGGUCCCCCAGUAUCAGGCCCUCUUCAGUAUGGAUAAAUGUGAGUUGAAUGUAACUCCAGAUGCUUUGAGGGCAAUCGCUCGUCUGGCACUGGAACGGAAAACAGGUGCCAGAGGCCUUCGCUCCAUCAUGGAGAAGCUCCUGCUCGAGCCCAUGUUUGAGGUGCCUCACUCGGAUAUCAUGGCUGUUGAACUGACUAAAGAGGUGGUCCAGGGCAAGUGUGAACCACGUUACAUUAGAGCUCCUCCAAAAGAAACUGAGGAAGAGUUUGACUCUGGCAUUGAGGAUGAGAACUGGCCCAGACACGCCGAUGCUGCUAACAACUGAAUGUGAAGCUGUCCAUUUAAGAUCAUGUUAUUAUUACUCCAGACAGCAAACUUCUGAAUCACCAUAAAGUCCUUCUAGCUGGACCUGAGCAGAGAACAUUGUUUUCCAUAGACUUUUACAAACAUAUAAAUGACAGCACAACAAACAACAGUUUUAUCCAUUAAUCACCAUUUGGUAUGGUGUAUUAAAUAACACAAUGAGAAAAGACAUGAAAAAGUAUUGUUUAAAAAACAGUUACACUAACAUAGUGAAGCUCCUUCGAACUGUCAAUCUAUGUGGAUUGUUAACAUUUCUAUCUGUCUAAAGAAAAUUACUUUUAAAGACUUUAGUGGGUGAUUUCUGUCAAUGUUUGUGGGACAUUAGAAGGGAAGCGUACUGAUCAUGUGAAUCUGAAUUUGAGUAUUUCUGGUGCAUAAUACACCUCUGACAUGUGCUGUUUCAGCAGGAUACCACAUACCAGACUGAUAUCGCAGGUGUGGAUUUUCUUAAGGCUUUUUUUUUUUUAACCAUGAUGUGAAUAUCUAAAACACAAACCUCAGUGAACAGUGUGAAACAGAUCUAGUUUGUAUGAUUUACCAUUUGGGACAAUCUGUAACUUAAAAACUGAACAAAUACAAUGGGAUAAUAAAGGAAAGCACAACGUUU